ACCUCUCGUUACAGAGCCCUCCCGAUAGUUCCAGACUCCACGCCGCUCGCCACCCACGAGACCGGCGCGGAGGAAAGACCUUUCAGGCACUGCGGGGACGCCUUUCCGAGUGCCCGGCUCGGUGCGUCCGGGGGCGCGCACGCCGCCCGGCUCCCGGGCCGCAGAGGGGGCGGGGCGGGACGUGCAGGGGCGCGCACGCAUCCGGCUCGCGGUGCGCGCGCAGGUCAGUGCGUCAGUCGGGGGCGCGCUCGGGUAACCUGUACCCCCACGUAGUCGCCGGUUACCGAUCGGACUAAGUUCCAGUGGUAAUUUGCAAGUCAAGCUAAAAUGUCCCCAGAAGUGGCCUUGAACCGAAUUUCUCCAAUGCUCUCCCCAUUCAUAUCUAGUGUGGUCCGCAAUGGAAAAGUGGGACUGGACGCUACGAACUGUUUGAGGAUAACUGACUUGAAGUCUGGCUGCACAUCAUUGACUCCUGGACCCAACUGUGACCGAUUUAAACUGCACAUACCAUAUGCUGGAGAGACAUUAAAAUGGGAUAUCAUUUUCAAUGCCCAAUACCCAGAGCUGCCCCCUGAUUUCAUCUUUGGAGAAGAUGCUGAAUUCCUGCCAGAUCCCUCGGCUCUGCAUAACCUUGCCUCCUGGAACCCUUCAAACCCUGAAUGUCUGUUGCUUGUGGUGAAGGAGCUCGUGCAGCAGUACCAUCAGUUCCAGUGCGGCCGCCUCCGGGAGAGCUCCCGCCUCCUGUUUGAGUACCAGACGCUACUGGAAGAGCCGCAGUACGGAGAGAACAUGGAAAUUUACGCUGGGAAGAAGAACAACUGGACUGGUGAAUUUUCAGCUCGUUUCCUUUUGAAGUUGCCAGUGGAUUUCAGCAAUAUUCCCACAUACCUUCUCAAGGAUGUAAAUGAAGACCCUGGAGAAGAUGUGGCCCUCCUUUCUGUCAGUUUUGAGGACACCGAAGCCACUCAGGUGUAUCCCAAGCUGUACUUGUCACCCCGAAUUGAACAUGCCCUUGGAGGCUCCUCAGCUCUGCAUAUCCCAGCCUUUCCCGGAGGAGGAUGUCUCAUUGAUUAUGUGCCGCAAGUGUGCCACCUACUCACCAACAAGGUGCAGUAUGUGAUUCAAGGGUACCACAAAAGAAGGGAGUAUAUUGCUGCUUUCCUCAGUCACUUCGGCACAGGCGUCGUGGAAUAUGAUGCAGAAGGCUUUACAAAACUCACUCUGCUGCUGAUGUGGAGAGAUUUCUGUUUUCUUGUGCACAUGCAAUCAACGUUUCCUCACUUUUAUGAUCUAUGCCAGUCACUGGUUAUAUAUCAGCCAACUACUCUGUGUCCAGCCCAGUGUGACACAUGCGGAGGAUAUAAAAUAUCAAGUACACUGAAUUGUUAGCAGUCCUGCCAUGACUGGACUAUGUGGCUGUGGAAGAUGGAGAAAUCACCGAGCAACAGAGCAGGCAAGGAAGGCUUCCUGGAAGAAGGUGGGACCUGGACUAUGUCACAGAAGCGAGAGCCGAUUGAGAGAUUGAACAAGGAGCCAGGCCUGAGGAAAUGCUUUUCUGAAUUGAAUAUAUAUACUGUAAGAUAUUCCACUGAAGAAUAUACCACAGUGUAUUUAUCCAGUCUCAUGUAGUUGGACGCUUGAGAUGUUUCCAAUUUCU